AUGGAACAUGCUGAUGAUGCUGGAUUCCCCGGAGGACCUAUGUUGAGACAUGUGUUGACACAGUAUGAGCACCACGUGGCUCGGCGACUAUGGGAAGGAGAGGAUCGUGGACCGUUAAAGGUCAUUACUCAUGGAUUGAAGUUGAAGAAGUUUUCUGAAGUUCCUGUGCCACAUCCUGUAGAGCGUUGGAUUCGGGAAUCUGGGCUGCUACCUCUUUCUUCGGCCUACCUCACUAUGGUUGAUGCUGGUCUCGUCUCGGCAUUUAUUGAAAGAUGGCACAGGGAGACCAGCUCAUUUCAUUUGCCAUUUGGAGAGAUGACCAUUACUUUAGACGACGUAGCUACUCUCCUUCACAUAUCACCGAAUGGUAAAUUUUUUGAUGCACCUGUGAAUAUGAGUACUAAUAAUGCUGCUAGAGCUGCACAUGAGUACUUAGGUGCAACUUGGGAGGAAUCUCUAGCUGAAAUUAAUUUUAAUAAAUGUGCCCAAUAUAGAUUGCAGUGGCUGCGUGACUUAUAUAGUCGUCUCAUUCAAACUAAUCAGUUUGAGUGUGCGGCUAGAGCACCAAUCUCUUUAUCCAAUUGUGAUCGAACUAAAGCCCAAGAUUCUUCGGUCCAACCUAGCAAUGCUGCAAUUGCACGAAACCCACAAUUUCCAUCAGCCACAACAUCUACUAUGUCCUCAAUAUACGGACGUAUAUAA